UCAUCAUCAUCAUCAUCAUCAUCAUCAUCAUCAUCAUCAUCAUCAUCAUCAUCAUCAUCAUCAUCAUCUUCUUCUUCCUCUUCCUCUUCCUCUUCCUCUUCCUCUUCUUCUUCCUCUUCUUCUUCCUCUUCUUCUUCCUUUUCUUCUUCUUCCUUUUCUUCUUCUUCCUUUUCUUCUUCUUCUUCUUCCUUUUCUUCUUCUUCUUCUUCUUCUUCCUUUUCUUCUUCUUCCUUUUCUUCUUCUUCUUCUUCUUCUUCCUUUUCUUCUUCUUCUUCUUCUUCUUCUUCUUCUUCUUCUUCUUCCUUUUCUUCUUCUUCUUCUUCUUCUUCUUCUUCCUUUUCUUCUUCUUCUUCUUCUUCUUCUUCUUCUUCUUCUUCUUCUUCUUCUUCUUCUUCUUCUUCUUCUUCUUCUUCUUCUUCUUCUUCUUCUUCUUCUUCUUCUUCUUCUUCUUCUUCUUCUUCUUCUUCUUCUUCUUCUUCUUGUGAUUACUGUAGCUGUACUACUUCUACAUCAUCAUCAUCAUCAUCAUCAUCAUCAUCAUCAUCAUCAUCAUCAUCAUCAUCAUCAUCAUCAUCAUCAUCAUCAUCAUCAUCAUCGUUGUUACCAUUAUCACUAUUCAUCAGUAUCAUUAUCAUCAUUAAUCCGUAA